AUGUUUCUGGACUUUGAAGCCGCUUUUGACUCUCUUCAUCGAGACCGUCUUCCCAACGCGCUCCGGGCCGAUGGAGUACCAGGAGGAUUCGUUCGCCUGCUUGAUGACAUGAAUCAACGAAGAGCUACUGCAGUUCGAAUACCAGUCAGAUAUACAAAACCGUUUGAGGUGGUAAUCGGAGUAAGACAAGGGGCAGUGGCAGGAUCCUUCCUGUUCAACUUAGCUAUUGAUGACAUCAUGCGAAGAACAGUCUGUCAGUGCCCUGCUGACAUCAUCUUUGCACCAUCAAGGUGCCCCUUGACCGAUCUCGAGUACGGCAACGAUGUUGUUAUAUUCGCGGGAAGCAAUGUAAAACUUCAAACUCGUCGAUGA